AGCAGCUAGGAGCGAGGCUAGCUAUCCGGCGGCCGGAGCUGCUGCCUGAUGAGCUAGCUGUGACUGUGAGCUACCACCACACACUGGCGCACUGCACCGACAGACCACACACAGCUAGCUUAGCUCCUGGACAAUAAUUGAUUAAUUAAUUAGCAGUUCGCCGGCGGCCGGAUCGGAAUCGGAUUCGUCGGACGGAGAUACUAGCAGCUAGCUGCUAGCUGCUCCGAUAUGAUCCCGUACGCGACGGCGGCGGAGGCGGAGGCAGCGCUGGGGCGCGCCAUGACGUGGGCGGAGGCGGCGUGGUUCCGGUACUCGGCGGCGACACCGGACUACUGCCUCUACUGCCACAACGUGGUGAUCCUGCUGGUGGUGUACACGCUGGCGCCGCUGCCCCUGGCGCUGCUGGAGCUCCGGGCGCCGGCGAAGCUGACCUCGCCGUACAAGGUGCAGCCCCGGGUGCGGCUGACGGCGGCCGAGUUCCUCCGCUGCUAUAAGGCCACGGCGCGCUUGCUGCUCCUCACCGUCGGCGCGCUGCAGCUCGUCUCCUACCCGGCCGUCAGGAUGGUCGGGAUCCGGACGGGCCUCCCGCUGCCGUCGGCGGGGGAGGCGGCGGCGCAGCUGGUGGUCUACUUCCUGGUGGAGGACUACCUGGGGUACUGGCUGCACCGGCUGCUGCACACGGCGUGGGGCUACGACCGCAUCCACCGCGUCCACCACGAGUACGCCGCGCCCAUCGGCUACGCCGCGCCGUACGCGCACUGGGCGGAGGUGCUCAUCCUCGGCGUGCCGGCCUUUGCAGGCCCGGCCAUGGUGCCCUGCCACAUGACCACCUUCUGGCUCUGGUUCGUCCUCCGCCACGUCGAGGCCGUCGACACGCACAGCGGCUUCACCUUCCCCUUGAGCCCCACCAAGUUCAUCCCCUUCUACGGCGGCGCCGAGUACCACGACUACCACCACUACGUGGGGAGGCAGAGCCAGAGCAACUUCGCCUCCGUUUUCACAUUCUGCGACUACAUCUACGGCACGGAUAAAGGUUACAGAUACCAUAAGCAGGCGGCAGAGAGCUUAGCCAAGGUGAAGGACAUGGCGAUGCACAAUGAUGAGAAAGCAGGAGGCCUUGCUGCAUUCAACGGCUGGAAGCAAGAUUAACUCACUGCCAUGCUAGCACUGCAGAGGCAGCAGCGCGCUAUUAGCCAGUGCCCCUCAUCAUGCAUGUGGACGUCGUAUGUAUGUCCAGAUCCGAUCCAUAAAUCUUCAGAUGUACUAUAAUAACUUAAUGUCCCAUGCAUGCAUAAAUCAUCUUCUGAUCGAUGGAGAAGUAAUACGUAAUACAUAUAGCGGCUCUACUGAAAAAACAAUCUCAGUAAUUCUGCUCAUUUUAGCUAUUGGAGUACACAUACAUAUAUAGUACAUGCACGCAUCCAAUCAAGUAAACUCAAGUGGUAGCAACAAUACAUGAAACUGCACAACAAGUCAAGAAACUGAAGAUGUUUAGAGCUCAUAGGACACCGUCAAUUAUUCUAUAUAUUAAUUUGGAGGAGUCUAGAGAGGAUCGAUGAUGUGGUCUUUAUUUCAUCUGAUAGGGAAAUGCCUGUCAUGGCAUGCAUGUAUCAUCGAUCGUGAGGACCGUAUCCUACUGAUGGCACCGCCCAAGCUACCUCCAUCUAUCCCAUUCGCAUACUACGACAUUCCGUCGACAGCAGGGGACGGCUCAGCUAGCAGCUGCUAGCUAGGAGGACAAUUGAUUAUAUAUUAUUAUAUUCUUGCUAGAUCUUGGACCACCACCCUACCGUAUUUUAAGUUGCUGAGCUACCUCUCCCGCACCAGCAAUAGAAAAGCCGAUGAGUAGUCGCAGAGAACUUUCGCGUACACUGAUAGAAUGCCGUCAGCAGAUCUAUCUAUACUGUGCCUCGUUUGAUUUUUUUUUUAUUUUAAGUCAUAAGUUCCGUCACAUUGCAUUGCAUGUUUAUACACCAAUUUAGAAAUACUAAACACAGAUUUAUUACAAAAUUAAUUUCAUAAAUUGUGACUUAAUCACGAGAUAAAUUUAUUAAAUCUAAUUAGUUCAUAAUUUGAUCACUAAUUGAUACAGUAACCAUCCGCACGCUAAUCAUGUAUUAAUUAUACUUAAUAGAUUUUUUUGACUCUUAAUUGCAUUUUAUACAACUAGUUUUAUAUUAAAUUAAUAUUUAAAUAUUUAUCUUAAUAUUCGCUAUGACAGCAACUUAAGAAACCGACAUUGGUCCAUGACGAAGAUGAUGAUGGGCGGCGUGGCGUGGUGGUACAUGGUGCAGUGCAGUGCAGAUGAUGGGUAAACCCGGCCGCUCCUCUAUUGUUUGGAGCGAGAUAGCAUCGUUUUCCCCGCUGCGGUAUCCGAUGUCCAUUUGCAAAAUGCAAGCACCAAAUAAAUAACCGAUAUUAUUUCUCGCGUGAA